UACCUGGUCUUAAAAGAGGACGCACCGAGCCUAAGUUAAUUCCUCAAUUGAAAUGUUGCUAAUUUUCCUCUUUCUUCUCGCGGUGGUUAACGGAUUCUCACCCCUUUCUCCAGACCUUAUAAGUGCUUUGGACAGCCAAAUUCAAAAGGUGGUAAAAUGUCACGGAUUAUCCGGACUAAGUCUGACAGUGGUCCGGGACGGGGAGACCCUCUUCCACAGUGGGUACGGACACUCGGACAUCAUCUCCCAGUCCCCCGUCACCCCUGAUACUCUAUACGCUAUCGGCUCAGUUUCCAAACAGUUCACUAGCUUUCUUCUGGAGUACUACCAGGAGCAGGGUAUGAUAGACUUGGUGCAGCCUCUCGCUCCUCAACUAGCCACAGCUAACGAGAUAUUCAGGAUAACGGCCGGUUCAGAAAACGAUAAGAUAAACGUAAAGGAUCUUCUAAGCCACAGAACAGGACUACCCAACUACAUGGGACUGGAGUUUCUAGGGAACAGCACAAGACAACAACUAUUCCAGGACUUAUUCUACACUGAACAGGACAGCAGGAGAGAAUACCGCGGAUCAUGGCACUACAACAACUGGUUAUACGUUGCAGCAGCUCGUGCUGGAGAGAUCAUGUCAGGACGGACCUACGAGCAGGACCUACAGAGACUGGUGUACAGCAACCUGGGUAUGCGGGCUGGCACGCUCAGUGAUAAAGAGUUUGUGGGCAGGAAUAAGGGGAGAAUUGCUAAACCUUACCUUUAUUUGAGGGGAGAGAACAGAUUUCUUGGAGACGAAGUAUGGCUCAGAUCGUGGAAUCCCUCAAUGACGCCAGCAGGAGGAUUGCUAGCGUCAGGUAAAGACAUGGCCCUGUGGAUGAACUUUCUGCUUGGUGGUGGUGUUCUCAAUUCCAGACGAAGACUGGUCAGAUCCCAGACUAUUGACAAUAUGUUCCACAAGCUCAGCGAGUACAAAAAUUGGUCCCGACCCUUUCCUAACUGGAGUUCUAGUUGUGUUGGAUAUGGCGAGGGCUGGUUUCUCUUCACAUGUCCUUUAGAUCACGAUAACCCUGAGUACAGCCAUUCUGGUAACUACUACAACGUCCAUUAUUCAAAGAUCAAUCUCUACCCGGAGCACAAACUUGGUGUUUUCUACGCUUUCUCCGGAGGACGGGCCAGUCUGAACAGAAAGCUGUUCUCUGUUCUUGAUGUGAUUAUCCUAGACAUGGUCCUGAACGGUAACCUGGACCCAGACAUAUCCUCAGAAGUAGACAGAGAAUUAGAGUCAUGGGGUUGCCAGAGCAAUGAUUUACCCGUACUGCAAGACCGGCAGAAAUGGCAAUCUCAGCAUCAGUCGAUAGGUGGUGUGUCUCACCAGGAGAACCUGAAUCAGCUCCCAUCUGACACUAACAUUAAAAUAAUGAAGCUCCAGUCUCCGAUGGACGUCCGGCCGCGCCUUACUUCCGUCCAUCUGGGAGUUUUCAGACACCCCUUCUUAGGAAAAGCGGAGUUGCUUUAUGACCACAAGCACACUCCUAGACUAGUACUCAACGACAGGUGGACCUCACGGAUAUAUGAGGUUAAAGGAAACCACAGUGAACAUAGUGGCCACAAGAAGAAGAUAGACACCAGCGAGGAGCCGCUUGUCUUACACUGUUUCUUUGACAACAUCCCCUGGCUACCUGACCAUCUAAAGGAUGAUGCACAAAACGAGAUGCUUAUAGAAAUAGAACCACCUGCGUCUCCUCACUCGAAAGUUCAGAAGAUAACAAUCAAGAGGUGGAUCAGUUACGACAUGGACGCGGUUUCCUUCACUCGCGUAAAAGAUUGAGCGAAAUAAUUUGUUCAUCGUUUCACUUCGAAUUCAAUCCAUCUUGGCAAUGGUCGAAAUGUCAAUUUAAUUGACUUUGAAUCAUGAAUAGUUAUCACAUAUCAGAAGAAAUGAGAAAGCAAGAUCAGACUAUGACAAUUCAGAAAUUUCGUAAGUGCAUGCUCUAGUUAGAUACAUAUUGUUGCCGUUCUUUGUUCUUUGUUUUAAAUGGUAAUCAUGAAUCUGGACACUGGAAUCAGUCGUUUUGAAGUUAUAUAAGUAGCGUCUGCGUAAGUAGCGAGGUGCUUCGAAAUUAAUCUUAAACGAUUCCUGAUCAGUGAUCGUUCAAUUUAGUAAUGCAUCGCUGUAUGAUCUGUGCACUGCACUGUGGAUCCGACAAAUAUUUUUGAUGCCCGACCCAGUAUUCUGGGCGGCGCUCAGCCUGUCAUGCACUCCGCAAAAUCUCUAUUCAAUUCUAUGAUUAUGAACAGAAAUAUAAUAGCAUAGCCUGGGGUCCCCAGGUAAGGCCCAGUAGUGCAUCGAGCUACAACAUACAACCACCCGUUAAGGAAAUGCUACCGUGUUAUUUAAUUGCAAUUGUCUGCUGUAAAACAAUUUUGCUCUAACCAGAGCCCUCUCGCUCGAAUUGCAAUAGCGCGAGGCCGUCGCGUUACGUAGGGCCAGGGACAAAAUUAUAUUUGGACCGUUCUGUUAGUGUUACAUUUGCAAUUGUAAAUUGUAAAUUGCUGAUUUCGAUUUUUAUUUAUAAUGCAGUAAUUAUUU